UUUUCAUCUGUUAAAAAGCUUUGAUUCACUAUUUUUAUAUUAAUUUAUCCUCUAUGUGUAAUAUUCAAUUUUUUCCAUGAAGCAGAAGCAAACAUUAUGGCUCGACGAUGCAAGUUGCGAAAAGGGAAUUCCAUCAAUAUUAACUUGGAAAAUGAGACUGGAAAUAAUGUUAACCAGAACUUUCAAGAAACUCAAGAGUUACACCAAAAUCAGGCUUCAAAUUUUCAAGGGAAUACUAGUCAGAAGACAAUGAGGUAUCAUUAUGAAGGCCAUUUUAUAUUUUCACCAAAUAGAAUAUAUGAAAAUGGUAGGUUCAUGGAGAAACCUAAUUUUGAUGUUGAUUUCAUCUCAUUUUUUGAUAUAUUGGAUGACUUGAAAAAGGAUUGUGGAUUUGAUGUUAUAAAAGGAGAUAAAUUUUAUUACUUGAAGGCUGAUAAAGCUCUUAGUGAUCUUGAUGCAUUAAUAGAGGUUAAAGAUGAUACAGAUGUGAAAAAUAUGAUGGAUAGUUAUAAGAAGUUCCCUUCGAAACCCAUUGAUAUAUACACUCUAUUUCGAGAUUAUGAUAUUUUACCAAAUGGACUUGGUGACGAGCUACCUGCAGUUACCGUUGAUCACACUUCUAAUCAACUUCAAAAUCCAAAUGCAACUGCAGCAACAAGUUUACUCAUUUAAUUUUAUUUAAACAAUUGAUUAUGUUUACUUGUUCUAUGUACAAAAAUUCUUGUUAUUAUAUGAUUAUUGUUUUACUUUUGUUUUGAAAUAGGUUCCAAUACAAUUAAAAGAAAAACUAGAGGACCAACACGAUGCUUGAAAAUCACACAAUUGGAGA